AUGACUAUUGCUACCAGAGGACAAGGAAAUUCAGAAGACACUUUAGAUCCACAGGCUAUUACAGCUGGGCCAUCCCAAGUAAACAAUGAAGAAAUACCAAAUGAGAAUGUGGAACCAGAGUUUCCACGCGACAAAUUAGCGUCCUUGGACGAAAAAAUAUCAAAUUUACGAUGGGUAGUGCCAGUUUUGCCAGAACAGGAGUUGGAGUGUUUGUUGAAGGUAUCUGUAGACCUAGCGAAAAAGAAUUUGGAUACGAGAUCAGAAGCAUGUCAAAGAUUCUUUCGCGAAGGUCUUACAGUAUCGUUUACGAAAAUAUUAACUGACGAGGCUGUAUCGAGUUGGAAAACGAACAUACACUCGUGCAUCAAUCAAAACUGCUUGAAAUUAAUUGAAUUAUGCGUGGCAAAACUGCCUCACGACUGGUUCCCGCUGUUGGACUUGCUGGCCAUGGUUUUAAAUCCCAACAACAAAUUUCACACGUUCAACUCCUCAAGGCAAAGUGAAACGGCCGCCACAACGGCCAAUUUAACUGAAGAAGAGCUUUUUGCUAGGCCUUCAAAUGACCCGAGGAACCCAAGAGGAUGGCUGGUUGACUUAAUGAACAAGUUUGGGGAGCUGGGCGGCUUCCAGAUUUUGUUGGAUAGAUUUCAAAGUGGAAAGAACCUCAGUGUUUCCAUUGUGUUUGCUUUGCUGAGACCUUUCGGCCUUUGCUAUGAGUACCUUACCCCUCACACUAUCAACAAAUUUAUUUUGCCUAUUUUGGAAAUGAUACCCGGUAUACUGGACAAGCUGACUGACGACGAAUUAAAACGCGAAGCCAAAAACGAACAAAAAAGCGACAUCGUAUCGGCCAUAAUCAAAGCUUCGAAGAAUCUGGCGUCGCGCGUGCCUAACCAGGACGAACUGAUCCGCACGCUUGAGGGAUUCAGGUUGACCAUGAUCCUGCGACAGCUGCAAAUUUCCAGUUUCAAUGGAAAAAUGAACGCACUCAACGAAAUCAACAAGGUGAUCUCGAGCGUCACCUACUACCCCAACAGGCACCACGGCAUCGAGGAGGAGGAGUACCUGACUCCCGAAAGGAUGGCGAAAUGGAUAAACGAAAACAAGGUGCUCGAGAUAGUCCUCAGGGAUUCUCUGCACCAACCGCAAUACGUCGAAAAGUUGGAAAAAAUCCUGCGCUUCGUGAUCAAGGAGAAGGCCCUCAGCCUGUCCGACCUGGACGCGGUGUGGGCCGCGCAGGCGGGCAAGCACGAGGCCAUCGUUAAAAACGUGCACGACCUGCUCGCCAAGUUGGCGUGGGACUUCAGCGCCGAGCAGCUGGACCACCUGUUCGAGUGCUUCCAGGCCAGCUGGACCUCUGCGUCGAAGCGGCAGAGGGAGCGGCUGCUCGAGCUGAUAAGGCGGCUGGCCGAGGACGACAAGGACGGCGUGAUGGCGCACAAGGUGCUCACGUUGUUUUGGAACCUGGCGCACGCCGAAGACGUCGCCACCGAGAUCAUGGAUCAGGCGUUGACUGCGCACGUCAAGAUUUUAGACUACAGCUGCUCUCAGGAACGCGACGCGCAAAAAACAAUCUGGCUGGACAAAUGCGUCGAAGAGCUGAAAACCGGCGAAAUGUGGGUCCUGCCCGCAUUAAAACAAAUCCGCGAGAUCUGCGUGCUGUACGAACAAAACACGAACGGUUCGCACGGCCAGCGCACCCACCACAUCUACUACCGCCAGGAGGUGAUCGAACGGCUGCAAAGCCAACACUCCCUGGUGAUUUUGGUAACCAACAGUCUCACCAACUACAUGGACAACUUGCGCGCCAUCUACGCGGAGAAUCCCGAGCUGACCAGCGAGACCUACAUCCCCGACGGACGCUACUGCCACACACUUCAAGUGCAGGAACGACUCAACUUUCUCAGAUUCCUCUUGAAAGACGGUCAAUUGUGGUUGUGCGCCGAGCAGGCGAAGCAAAUCUGGCAGUGCCUGGCGGAAAACGCGGUUUUUCAAUCGGACCGCGAAGCCUGUUUUAAGUGGUUCUCGAAGCUGAUGGGCGACGAGCCCGAUUUAGAUCCCGGCAUCAAUAAGGAUUUUUUCGAGAACAACAUAUUGCAAUUAGACCCGAUUUUGUUGACGGAGAGCGGCAUAAAGUGCUUCGAGCGUUUCUUUAAGGCUGUCAACACGAAGGAGGGUAAAUUGCAAAUAAAACGCCGGAUGUAUUUGACGGAGGAUCCGGAUCUGAUCGGCUUGGAUUAUUUGUGGAAGGUGGUGACGUUGUGCGCGGACGAUAUAGCCGCGCGCGCUAUAGAGUUGCUGCGCGAAGUUAGCACCAAUUUGGGGCCGCGUUUGCUGCAAUCUCAGCUCGAAUUCCACGAGAAUUACAUCACGGAGUGCUACGAUAGGCUGCGCGCGCACUACGAUACAGUAAUAGCCCUGCAAACGUCGGAAAACGAUAAGGAAGUGGAAGGCGCGCAGAUUAGAAACCGAAUCAGGGCCGAGGCGGUUAAAAUGUGCCGCGUGAUGCGCGUCUUGCACGAGUACGUAGGCGAGUGCGACAACGCCUUCGUCGCGGAGAGAAAAAUACUGCCGCUGCAUCGGGCUUGCCACGGGAAGCACUUGUCUCUGGUGGUGCGAUUCUCGAGCCCCAACAGGCAGGUCGAAGACAUCGAUUUGUACACGCACUCGAACGACACGCUGUCGUCGCUGAGGAAGGGGAUCUUGCGGAGGAUUAAGCCGGGCGUGCACUGCAAGUUGGAGCUGUACGUCAACGGGGAGCCGCUGGAUCCGGCGGACGACAGGAAGUUGCUGUCGCAGGUUCCCAUCAGGGAUAAAAUGCUGAUUUCCGCCAAAGUAAUCCAAAUAAACUCGAACAUGGCCUCGUCGCAAGACUCCUCGUCUGACUCGUCCACUUCGUCGCCCCAACACCCGUACGACGGGCCCAACCUCGAGGCGGAAAACCUGCUGCCUGGCGUGCUGAUGUCCAUGCAGCACAACUACGCUCAGUUUUUUUGCCAGCUGUCCGCGCUCGGCGGCGCGCUGGAGUUCCCGCCGCUCAGGGACAGCGGGCACGCGCUGCUGCAGCUGAUGCCCUGCGACUCGGUCACCGUCGAAAAAUUGCGCACGCUGUUUAUGUCGAGCGGCGAAGCCAACAUCACCAUGGAUUCGAUGUUUUUCAGCGCCAAACCUGCAGAGGUUCUGUACAACCUGGAGGUGCUGUACGUGAUGCUGAUGCCGGCGAUGUACACGCUCUCGGAGAAAACGUACGAGUUCCAGUACACGUUCAUAACCUCCGGCGAGGCGCACGUCUUCCUCGAGAUGCUGACGAAGAACAACUUCAUGUCGAGCUCGGACGGCGUGACGCGGCGCUCCGCCUACCUGGUCGUGCUGAAGAUCUGCAAGAUCAUCCUGACGGCCAUCGCGCACGUGCUGGUGCGCCUGAGCGAGGAGCACACGCCGCCCGAGCACGAAGCUCUCGCCGAGCACACCACCACGCCCGGCAUGUUCCUCAAGCAGGCGUUGAGGUCCGUGCCCGGACACUCGGAUCACCUGCUGCGGCAAAUUUCCAUGAAACUGUCCCUCUCGCUGGCCCAACUGAUGGUAUCGGACACCAGCAACACCGGCCAAGCGCAAGCCCUGUUCAGCCAAGCGCUGAACUGGGAACUGCCCGACCUGGCGACCACGCUGGCCCUAGUGCGGCUGGUGUGGGCCGCCAGCAGCGACAACCUCACGGCACUGAACGCCUCUCCGGAGGUUUUGCAUUCGCUGUCCGACCCCUCGAAGCAGACCAACUCGGUCGAGCUGCACAACGACGACAUUUUAUUGUGCAAGGAGGCGCUCGAGUUGUUGAGCACCGCGGUUAUUUUAAACCCCAGCAGUUUGGAGCACUUGUACCAAGACAACUGGUGGCCUUCGUUUAUCACGGAUUUGGUUUUAUUAAAUCCGAGCUGCGCCAUCAGGGUGGCAGCAGCCGAACAGUUUAUCAUCAUUUGUACUUUCGGUUCGUCUAGUCGACUGGCACUGCAACACAUAGCACCCUUAUUAUUCUCCCUAACCGACACUUUGGUGCUAAAAAACGCCGACACUUCGCACGAGUUCUUUCAAUUGUUGUGUCGCUUGGUCAACGUGGCUUUUCUAACCGGCUGUCCGAUCCCGGCGGCCGAGGAGCUUUUAAACAACGAGGUGGCGUGGCUGAGAAAAGCUCGCGACAAAAACGACGUUCUCAUCGAGGGGCACCUGGGUUUGGCCAAGGAGCUGCUCAGUUUUGUGUCGUCGGAGAAAAAAUGCGAGUUGGGCAGCUCGGAUUCGGGCAGUCUGAUCAGGGAGUUGCUCGAGGACUUUCUCUUUCCCGCCAGCAAGCUGAUGCUGCAGCUGAACAAGACGGGGCAGCUGGGCGAGGAUCCCGCCGUCCCGAUCUGCGACACGCCGCAGACGCAGGCGGCCGCCUUCGACCUGCUCAUCUCGCUGUGCGUGAACUGCGUGCAGAAUUACAAGCAGCUGGUCGCCAUGCUUACCGAGAUGUUUUACAGUGAUCCCAACACGAGCAUAACCGAGUGGGACUACCUGCCCGCCGUCGGGCCGCGGCCUUUCCAGGGCUUCGUGGGCCUCAAGAACGCCGGCGCCACCUGCUACAUGAACUCGGUGCUUCAGCAGCUCUACAUGGUGGAGUCGAUAAAAGAGGGCGUGCUGGGCGCGGAGGGGGCCGCUACGGAUCCGCACGAAGAUUUCGCCGGCGACGAGCGGACCGAGCCGGAGGGAGACUGCUCGGCCUCCGAGGAGCGGGCGUGCGAGAACGAGAACAGGAAGGACUAUCACGUGGGGAUUUUGAAGCAGGUCCAGGCGAUCUUCGGCCAUUUGGCGUGCUCGCGCCUUCAAUACUAUGUGCCUAGGGGGCUUUGGAGACACUUCAAGCUUCAAGGUGAGCCUGUAAAUUUAAGGGAACAACAGGACGCGGUGGAGUUUUUCAUGUCGCUGGUCGAAAGUCUGGACGAAGCUUUAAAGUCGCUCGGUCACGAGCAAAUAAUGUCGAAAAUUUUGGGCGGCUCGUUUUCCGACCAGAAAAUUUGCAAGGGCUGUCCGCAUCGCUAUUCCAAAGAAGAACCGUUUAGUGUGAUUAGUGUAGAUAUUAGGAACCACAGCAGUCUGCCCGACUCUAUGGAGCAAUAUGUCAAAGGUGAAUUGCUGGAGGGCGCGGACGCGUACCACUGCGAGAAGUGCGCGAAAAAAGUGGUUACCGUGAAGCGGUUGUGCGUGAAGAAGCUUCCGCCCAUCCUGGGCAUCCAGCUGAAGCGGUUCGAGUACGAUUUCGAGCGGGUGUGCGCGAUCAAGUUCAACGACUACUUCGAGUUCCCGCGCGACCUCGACAUGGAGCCGUACACGGUUAGCGGGCUGGCCAAGAUCGAGGGAGAGAUAAUAGACUGUGAUUUGGACGCCAGCGCCAGCGAGGUGUGCACCAAGUACCGCCUCAGCGGCAUCGUCGUGCAUUCCGGGCAAGCGUCUGGUGGUCACUAUUACUCGUACAGAAGGCACCGCGAGCCUGGCGGCGAGGUGAGAUGGUACAAGUUCGACGACGGAGACGUGAGCGAGUGCCGCAUGGGCGAGGACGAGGAGAUGAAGGUGCAGUGCUUUGGCGGCGACUACAUGGGCGAGGUGUUCGAUCCGAUGCUGAAGCGGCCCACCUACCGCCGCCAGAAGCGCUGGUGGAACGCCUACAUGCUCUUCUACACGCGCCACGACGUCGAGGAGGACGUCCUCGCCAGGACCAUGCAGCAACUCAGUCUAACUGGCAAAAGAGAAACUCCGCUCAGGAUGCCGAUCGCGAUCGAGAACAGCAUCAGGAAGCAGAACAUUAAGUUCCUGCACCAUCGCAGUCAGUUUUCGGUGGAGUACUUCUCGUUCGUGCGCCGGCUGACGAACUGCGGGCAAGCGAACCCGCGCCACAGCCAGCUGCUGACGAGCGAGGCGCUCGAACAGCAGAACCUACUCAGUGUACAGCUAGUCAGUAACUUCUUGUUCCACACCGGGUGGCACACGAAGAAGAAUCUUCGCGGACCCGCAAUGGAAUGGUGUGAUAUAUUGUGCGUGCACCUGCGCACCUCAGCCGCGAUACGCGCCUGGUUCGCGCAUACGAUGCUCUUCAGCCACCAGCGUCGCUUCUGCGAGUACCUGCUGAGCUGCCCGAGCAACGAGGUGCGCACCGCCUUCAUCAAGAUCGUGGUGCUGCUGGCGCACUUCGCCAUCAACGACGGCCCUUCGCCAUGCCCGCCCGCCCUCGGCCCCGCCGAUCCCGCCUCCACUUUGAGCGACCACGUGCUGAGGGCGCUGCUGGCGCUGUUGCAGCGCGAGGUCAGCGAGCACGGCCGCCAUUUGCCGCACUACUGCACCGUCUUCCAUAUGUACGCCAAUCAAGGUUUGCAAGAAAAAGCGCAACUGCUGAAAAUGAACGUGCCGGCCACCUUUAUGUCGGUGGCUCUGGACGAGGGCCCCGGUCCGGCCAUAAAGUACCAGUACACGGAACUGGGAAAGCUUAACCAGCUGGUGUCGUGUUUGAUCCGGUGCUGCGACGUGUCGGCCAAGUGCCAGGCGAGCAACGGCAACGCGCCCCUGCCCAACCCGUACGCCGACCCGAACUGUCCCGAGUACAUUAUGACGAUAUCGCCGCAGGCGGCCGAGAUACUUUUCAACCGGACAGGCUUUGUGAAAAAGGUGAUAGAAGACACGAACCUGACGGAGGACGCGAUCAAGCUGCUGCAGUACUGCUCGUGGGAGAACCCGCACUUCUCGCGCACCGUCCUGGCCGAGCUGCUGUGGCAGAUUGCGUUCGCGUACUGCCAGGAGCUGCGCCACCACAUCGAGAUCCUGCUGUCGGUGCUGCUGAUCGAGGACACCUGGCAGACCCACCGCAUCCACAACGCGAUCAAGGGCGUGCCCGACGAGCGCGAAGGCCUGCUCGACACGAUCUCGCGCGCCAAGAACCACUACCAGAAGAGGGCGUACCAGUGCAUCAAGUGCAUGGUGGCUCUGUUCACCAAGUGCAGGGCGGCGCAGCUGAUGCUGCUGAGCCACCAGGACCUGAGGAGGUCGUGGGCCUCUGCGGUGUCCUGGCUUCAGGACGAGCUCGAGCGCAAGUACCCGGCCAACCCGCAGUACGGCUACAACAACACGUGGUCGCCGCCCGCGCAGAGCAACGAAAGCUCGAACGGCUACUUCUUGGAGAAGUCGAACAGCGCGCGCAAAACGUUGGAGAAGGCGCUGGAGCUGAUGCCCGAGACGGAGCGCGACGAGGAGGAGGACGUGAGCGAGGAGCCGGAGUCGCAGGAGGAAGUGUCAACUGACACGACCACGCCCCCGGUGCAGGGCUGCGAGCCACAGCAGCAACAGCUUCAGCCGCAACCGCUGCAGGAGGCUAGGCCCGGCGAGCUGCCCGACGUGACCCAAACCUCCGAUCAGCCCAACCCUUAG